UACAUAGGAAACAAAGUAAAAUCCAAAGAACUUUCCCUUGUCUUUUAGCAAAAAAAGAACUUUCCCUCGUCUUCCUGCUGCCAUCGCCAUAGUUUGUAGGUUGCAGAAAGAAGAAAAAUUGAUGUGAUGGAAGUAAGCAACAAUUACAUAACAAUGAAAGGUCAUAUAGAUGGGAAACCAAAAGAAGAUGACUUUGGGAUUAAAGCUUCACAACUUUCUCUUUCAGUAGAACCUGGUUCUAACCAUAUCAUCGUCAAAAAUCUUUAUGUAUCAAUAGAUCCAUUCCAAAUAAAUCGAAUGAAGAGUUUCAGCUCCUUGCAGGAAAGUGCAAAAUUUGCACCUGACUUAACUCCUGACAAGGUUAUCGAUGCUUAUGGUGUGGGGAAAGUAGUGGCUUCUGGGAAUACUGAUUUUGAAAAGGAUGACUUGGUUGUGGGACUUCUUAUUUGGGGAGAGUACAGUGUGCUAAAAGGUGAAUACUGGUUGAGCAAGUUGGAUCCUAUGGGAUUCCCACUGUCUUACCACGUUGGAAUUUUAGGGAUGAGUGGACUGACAGCCUAUUCAGGAUUUUUUGAAGUAUGCAAGCCCAAGAAGGGUGAAAAGGUGUUUGUGUCUGCUGCUUCUGGGUCAGUUGGAAAUUUGGUGGGACAGUAUGCAAAACUCUUUGGUUGUCAUGUUGUUGGCUGCGCUGGAAGCAAGGAAAAGGUAGCAUUUCUCAAGGAGAAGCUUGGUUUCGACGAUGCAUUCAAUUACAAGGAAGUAACAGACUUAAAGGCAACUCUCAAAAGAAGCAGCGGUGUAAUUGCCGAGUACACAGAUGCUGGAAAGAGAGCUGCACCAAAUAUGCUAGAUGUUGUGUACAAGAGUAUCACAAUCCAAGGAUUUUUGCUUGGUGAUUAUUUUCAUAUCUUUCAGGAUUUCGUCACAACUACUUCGGAUCACCUUCGUGCAGGAAAUAUGCAGGCAAUUGAGUGCAUCUCAACUGGCCUCAACAGCAUCCCACAGGCUUUCAUUGGACUAUUUCGCGGUGAUAACAUUGGAAAGACCAUUGUUAAAAUUGCUGAUGAAUAAUUUGUUGAAAAAAGCUUAGUACAUCAUAUAACCAGACACUUAAUAGAGAGCUCGCUAAAUAAGGUCUAGUUGUAUGGAUAUUGUUUACAUAUUUAUCUGUUUGUAUUUAUGAGCUGGUUUCGGUUGUUAAGACUUAA